AAUUUUUGAAAAGUUAUGGUCUUAUUCCAACCCGGUUUAAGGAUCCGAAUAGUGAAAUCGGGUUUACUAAUUUUCAAAAUCUCUGUUUUGCAGACAAAGGGAUCAUCGUCAUCAUCAGGAGCCAAAGCAGAAGAUGAAGAAGUGAGAAGGCCUUGCAUCGUUCUUCAAGACAUUUGGUCUAGCGUUGAUAAGUGGAGCUCCUUUGGUCGUAAAGUUUCUCUUUUCGUGGAAGGCAUUGACGAGAAGGUUAACCAUCACUUUGUUCCUUCACUCUCUGCCAUUCAGAUCUUCACCCUCAAACCCUUCACUGAUGAUGAUCCAAGGAGCUCUGCGACUGGAAUAGAUGAUGGUACAGUGACAGGAUCUGCUGAACCUGACUCUUCUGGCAAACGGGUUGUGAAUGGUGAUCACUUGGGCUACCUUUAUUUUCAAUAUAAUGAGACAGAUAAGCCGUUCCAAAGAGAACCUCUUACUUCCAUGAUCACUUCUAAACUAGCUACGCAGCACCCUGGAUUGACUACCCUGACGAGUUCAGAUCUUUCUCCAUAUAGCUGGAUUUCGAUUGCUUGGUAUCCCAUUUAUCCAAUUCCACCAGUGGACAAUAAGGAUAUGUCUACCGUUUUCCUAACGUACCAUUCACUGAAGCCAAACUUUCCAGAAACAAAUGGUAAAGAUGUUAAGGGGAAAGAAACAGGAGUGUCAGGUGCAACAAAAGUUGAACUUCCUCCAUUUGCUGCAGUGACUUACAAGGUCUUUGGUAAUGUGUGGAUCAUGCCUGGGACAUCAGACAAUCAGAAGAUAGAGAUGUAUGAAAAGGCUGCUUCCUCAUGGCUGAAAUCAGUCGGCUUCUUUCAGAAUGACUUCAACUUCUUUAUGUCCCGGAAGUUUUGUGGAGUGCCCAAAUGAUGUGGUCGUGCUGGUGAAAUGCUAAGGACAGCAAUGGGAUCUUGUCGUCAUAUGAAAACAUUCUGCUGGUAAAGAAGUCUCUCUUUCUCUCCCUCUCAGACUCUUUCUCAAACUCUUUCUCAGACUCUUUCUCAGACUCUUUCUCAAACUCUUUCUCAGACUCUUUCUCAAACUCUUUCUCAGACUUUGAUGUUAUGUUUUGCUCCUGCUGUUAUUUACUUUGAGGAUUUUUUUCUUCAUAUUUUUCAAGUGGAUAUUUCUUGCUAAUA